CUCAAAUUACAUUGGGCAGUAGGCUUGGAGCCUUGGACCCUUUAACACUAACAGUUACUCGGCAAAUAUCGGGGUGGUCUUUGCCAAAACUCCCACCUCGUCGGCGCUUUCUGCUCGUAAUUAGGGUUUUCUCGCCGCCAUUUUUUACCGCUGGCGGGUUGAUAUACAUACAAAAUGUAUUUGAGGAAAAUUUGUGGAAGAAUUUUAUCGGCAGCUGUAAAAUCAGAUCACGGAGGUCCAAGUGCUGCUGCUUCGACAUCAGUGCGUAAUCCAUUGGAGCAAUUCUUUGAGGUUGAUAGAACUGCUGAUGAUGACAAACGUCUUGUUUAUGGUCGUGGGUGGAAAGCUUCUGAGUUGCGUCUCAAGUCAUGGGAUGAUCUUCACAAACUCUGGUAUGUACUUUUGAAGGAGAAAAAUAUGCUAAUGACACAAAGACAAAUGCUUAACACUCAAAACCUGCGGUUUCCUAAUCCAGAACGUAUUUCAAAGAAAAGUCCAGCUGCCUACAGUUGUGAUGAGUGGUAACUGAGAAUAGUUGCAGUCCAUAACAUCUGAAGACCACAGAAGAAAAGUUUAAAAUUAGGGAAAUUUCGGUCUGUUCAUAGGUUGAGCACUGGCCGCUGAGAGACUACAUAUGGCUCAGUGGUCCUGCCAUUGAAGAAAAUGUUACAUAGGGACCGCACAUAGGCUCAGUAAGGUGCAAAUUGCAUGCAAGUCCGAUAUUCAAGUUUCUGAUUUUCUUGUUUGUGCUCUAGCAGUGACCUAUGAUAUGGCUUCCACUUUCUGAAAAACAUUACUGUUUCCCUGUCCAUUGUUAUCUGAAGCUUGAAUCUUUAUCUGGAAUACGUACUCUUGUGCCUUUAGGUUUUGUGCGGGUGCUAUGUAAUUAAUGUGUCUCUAACGGCCCGUUUGGUUGUUACUUAUUCGCACUAAAUGGCAACAGUGAAAAUGAUUUGUUGUGUAAAUUUUCAUAUAUCCAAAACGAUUAUUUUCUACCAAAUUUACACCAACUUUCCAUUAACUAUACACAUGCCUGUGUGGAAUUUUUCUUCCCUUGAGAGGUCUAUUAAUUACUUUUUGAAACAGAAACUACCACAUUACUAUAACUCA